UUGUUUUUGUUAUUUGUUGAUAAAAAAGUAAUGUGAAAUAUGAACAUGAACUAUGGACAUUUUUUGUUGUAUUGUGUGAAUAUCAGUAUGUUUAUAACAUGACAGGAAGGAUAUCUUCGAAUGCUAAGGAUGGUUUAUUUCAGAUAUUUCAAUAGAAGAAUAUUCUCAAUAUGUAAAAAACAUAUCAUCAUAUUUAUACUCCUUCUAUCUCUUUUUUACGUCUAUUAUGUAGAAAUACUUUCACAUGUCUACAAUGAAAGAAAUUGGUUUCAUAUAGAAUGUUCAAAUACUUCAAAGUGCCUGAAAAUUUUAUUGGUAGCGGACCCUCAGAUUAUUGAGCAUGAGGAGAAAGAUAUUUGGAACCAUUUGCGCUUCAUUACAAAGUAUGAUUCAGAUAGUUAUCUUAAGAAAACUUACCGUCACGCUUUGAAUUUUGCUCAACCGGAUGUUACAAUUUUUUUGGGUGAUUUAAUGGAUGAAGGAUCAAUAGCUACUGAUGAAGAAUACAAUGAGAAUCUCAAUCGUUUUUUUAAUAUAUUUCCUAAACAAGAUGAUAACAAGCACAUAUGGAUCCCAGGAGAUAAUGAUAUAGGUGGGGAAGGCUUGGAGAGAAUAACUCCCAAAAAAAUUAAUAGGUUUAUGUCUAACUUUGACCAAGCAGAUGUGAUAGAAUUUGAGCAAGUAACAUUUCUGAAAGUGAAUUAUCUAACACAUUCUGUCCCCAAGUACAAAAAAGGAAAUUUUUAUAAUACUAGCAUGAUCAACAUUGCUUUAAGCCAUGUGCCACUGAUGUUUGUACCAUCUGUAUUUGUAGAGAAGGUGAUGUCACAUCUACAACCGCAGCUGAUAUUUGCAGGUCAUAAGCACAGAGCAAUGAUUAUCAGUACAUCCGCGUUUCUCAGACAAGAUCGUCACAUUGUUCCUAUAACAACUGAAUACAACAAGGUGUUCAAAUUCACCCUGGGUUUGAAUGAUGUAUAUGAGAUUCUUGUGCCCACUUGUUCUUAUCGAAUGGGCACUGAAAAUAUUGGCUUCGGUUAUGCUGUUAUUGAGAAUGAUGAAUUGAAGUACACUGUGCUUUGGUCUCCGUCCAGAUUCCACCAACUUUGGAAUUAUAUUUUCGUGUUGUUAAUGUUGUUGGUAUGUUUUAUAAUUAUCAAAUUUUAUAAAUAAAUUGUUUACCACUCUU